AGGCUGCUCGGUGGGUGGUGAACAACCCAGUCCUUAUAAAAAACGGAUCCGAAGAAGAAGAAGGCUGCUCAGUGCUCGGAUGAUAUUCAAGAUAUUUUUUUGGAGUCUUCAAUUUUUAUUGUUGUGAUUAAAACAUUUCUAUGAGAGAUCAUAUGCUGAGUAAGCUGCAGGGAUGGAUGGAACUGAAACAAAUAGCUUGUUGUGUGACGACUACACUACUGCGAACGAAAUUUUUACUAAACGCAAUGUCUGCAAUGAAUCUAAUAAUAACAAGACUGGUGUAGCAGUGAGACUUCACAUGCGUAAAAUAGCAUUAGUGACCGUCUCCCUUCCACUCGGAGCUUUCAUUUUUUGUAUUUAUUUUUCUGUUCGUUAUAACUUUGAUGUGUCAACAGCUACCCACUGUGGAGUGACCAAUUACUUGCCAUCCAUCUCUAGUGCUAUUGGGGAGUUUGUACCUCAACGCUACAUUUGGCGGACAGCUGUGGCUCUUCAUUCAGCUCCACGAUUCCUUGCAGCUUAUCUCUAUGUUGCCUUCAUGAACAGAAUACUUCCCAAGCAUCCUGUAUAUCAGGUGUUGCAGAAGAUCUAUACAUGCCUGAAUUUGGUUGAAGUUUCUUCUCUUCUUGGUUUGUCAUUUGUAUCAUCUAGAGAGAACUAUGAGCUGCAUAAAUUGUUCUUCAUUAUGUUCAUGGUUUGCUCUGAGCUGUACAUGCUGCUGACAUGUCUACUUCUGAAAGACAACACCCGUCAGUUUGUGUCUCUGCUCGAGCACAGAGCAUUCUCUAUCAAGAAACAACUGAUGUUUGCCAACAUAUUUUGCUUCAUGGUGGCACUUUAUUUUUACCAUCGCCACAACACCUACUGCGAGCCCGGCAUGUACACGGCAUUUGCUUUUCUUGAGUACCUCAUUGUGCUCACAAACAUGGGCUUCCACAUGGCUGCAUACUAUGACUUCUAUCAUUAUCAACUUACUGUUGCUGAAUAUAAAAUGCCCCAUCCUAAUACUUGAGCUCUAUCAUAUAACAUACGAGGAUAAUGUUAUAUCCUUAAUUAUUCUGCCAGCUUCAUUAAAUACUUUUUCUUGAGCUAAUAACAUGGCAUAAUGUCUUAAGAAACAGUGAUUUUUAACAGUUUUUUCUGAUAAAAAAUGCUUUUACAACACUUCUCU